AUGGAUAGUUCUAUUAUAAGAAAAUACGAUAUUAGGGGCAUAGUAGGUAAAGAUUUGCAUAUUGGUGAUGGGUAUGAAAUAGGCCGAAAAUUUGGUCAGUGUGUAGCGAGUGUCUGUGUUGGUUAUGAUAGUCGCAUAACUUCACCCAGCAUCGAGAAAGAGUUGAUCAGAGGUUUGGUUUCAUCUGGGGCAAAUGUUAUACGUGUUGGGUUGUGUUCUUCACCGAUGCUUUACACUGCAACUCAGAUUACACAAGCAGAAGUUGGCAUUAUAAUCACUGCUUCUCAUAAUCCAAGUGAAUAUAAUGGUUUUAAAUUUUUCAGCAGUAAAAAAGUUUACUCUGAUGAGGAAAUAAAAGAGAUUCUCAGUUGUACUAUCAGGGGCAGCCAAAAAAUCGGGAAUGUGGUUGAUAUUAAUAUAUAUGACCGGUAUAUAAAUAUUUUAAAAAAUGCAGUACAAGAAAAUUCUACGAAAAGAUUAAAAAUCGCCUGGGAUUGUGGUAAUAGUCCUGCAGGCGGAAUUAUGCGAUACAUUGAAAGAAUUUUACCUAAUCACACGCAUAUAGUAAUAAAUGAUUCUAUAGAUGGCACAUUUCCUCUACAUGCUCCUGAUCCCAUGGAAGAAAAAAAUCUUGCUCAGUUAAUUAGCGCUGUGAAAGAACACAAGUGUGAUCUAGGUAUUGCACUUGAUGGUGAUGGUGAUAGGUAUCAAGGAGAUAAAAUCAUUGCAAAUGUGAAGAUGAGUAUGAAAAUCCAUGAUUUCGUCAAAAAAUUGGGAGGGCAGGUAAUCACUUGUGCUACUGGCCACUCGCUAAUAAAAAAGAAAAUGAUAGCGGAAGAUGCAAAAUUUGCGGGUGAAUUAAGUGGGCAUUUCUUUUUCUCUGAGUUGGGAUUUGAUGAUGGAUUAUAUUCAGCGAUGAGAGCAAUUGAUAUUCUACUCAAAAAAGAACAAAAUCUCUCUGAAAUCAUUGAAGAUUUGCCUGAGUUGUACAUCACGCAUGAGAUAAAGCUCCUGCUGUUCUUUCUAAUGGAGAAAUUGUUGAUAAUUUCUGCUUAA